UUCCGUUGAGCUUCGCGUCGUCAUUGGUCCCAUGCGGCUACCCGUCGGCAUACGAAUCUAGCCCGGGAACUAAGAAUCGGAGGAACGCGGACAUCGUUCGGCAGCUUGCCGGCUCCAGACGUCCUCGGGGCUGGCAAGAUGUGCUCCCUAGGGUUGUUUCCCCCGCCGCCGCCUCGGGGUCAAGUCACCUUAUACGAGCACAAUAACGAAUUGGUGACCGGCAGUAGCUACGAGAGCCCGCCUCCCGACUUCCGGGGCCAGUGGAUCAAUCUUCCUGUCCUACACCUGACCAAGGAUCCCUUAAAGACCCCUGGAAGGCUGGACCAUGGUACAAGAACUGCAUUCAUCCAUCACCGGGAGCAAGUGUGGAAGAGAUGCAUCAGCAUUUGGCGUGAUGUGGGCCUCUUUGGUGUGCUGAAUGAAAUUGCAAACUCAGAGGAAGAAGUGUUUGAGUGGGUGAAGACAGCCUCCAGCUGGGCCCUAGCCCUUUGUCAAUGGGCCUCCUCACUCCAUGGCUCCCUCUUCCCCCACCUGUCUCUCCGGAGCGAAGAUCUGAUUGCUGAAUUUGCCCAAGUUACAAAUUGGUCCAACUGCUGCUUGAGGGUGUUUGCCUGGCACCCUCACACCAACAAGUUUGCAGUGGCCCUCCUGGAUGACUCCAUCCGUGUGUAUAAUGCCAACAGCACGAUUGUCCCUUCCUUGAAACACCGGCUACAGAGAAAUGUGGCAGCUCUUGCCUGGAAGCCCCUCAGCGCCUCUAUCUUGGCUGUGGCCUGCCAGAGCUGUAUUCUUAUCUGGACCCUGGACCCUACCUCCCUGUCUACCCGGCCUUCUUCUGGCUGUGCCCAAGUGUUGUCUCAUCCUGGGCACACACCUGUCACCAGCUUGGCCUGGGCACCCAGUGGGGGAAGGCUGCUCUCCGCUUCCCCUGUGGAUGCUGCUAUCCUGGUAUGGGAUAUUUCGACAGAGAUCUGUGUCCCCCUCCCAUGGUUUCGAGGAGGUGGAGUUACCAACCUGCUCUGGUCCCCAGAUGGCAGCAAAGUCUUAGCAACUACUCCUUCACCUGUCUUUCGAGUCUGGGAGGCCCAGAUGUGGACUUGUGAGAGAUGGCCUACACUGUCAGGGCGCUGUCAGACUGGCUGCUGGAGCCCAGAUGGAAACCGACUGCUGUUUACAGUAUUAGGGGAGCCAUUGAUUUACUCUCUGUCAUUCCCAGACCGUUGUGGUGAGGGAAAAGGGCGUGUUGGAGGUGCAAAAUCAGCAACAAUUGUGGCAGAUCUGUCUGAGACAACAAUACAGACCCUAGAUGGUGAGCAGAGGCUUGGAGGAGAGGCCCAUUCCAUGGUCUGGGACCCCAGUGGGGAGCGCUUGGCUGUGCUCAUGAAAGGCAACCCACGAGUGCAGGAUGGGAAACCAGUCAUCCUCCUUUUUCGUACCCGAAACAGCCCUGUGUUUGAGCUUCUUCCCUGUGGCAUCAUCCAGGGGGAGCCAGGAGCCCAGGCCCAGCUCAUCACUUUCCAUCCUUCCUUCAACAAAGGAGCCUUGCUCAGUGUGUGCUGGUCCACAGGCCGGAUUGCCCACAUCCCUCUGUACUUUGUCAAUGCCCAGUUUCCACGGUUUAGCCCAGUGAUUGGCCGGACCCAAGAGCCCCCAGCUGGAGGUGGAGGCUCUGUUCAUGAGCUGCCACUCUUUACAGAGACAUCACCAACCUCUGCCCCUUGGGACUCUCUUCCAGGGCCAUCUGGUCAGCCGUACUCCCCUCACCCUCACCUCUAAUAAAAUUUUGUCUUCCAUUUGA